AAUAAAGGCUUUGUUACGUUUCCACAUCAAAGUAAAAUCUAGUACUGAGUUCUUUUUUCUUUCAUUUAAUGCCUAUUGGUGUUCCAAAAGUACCUUUUCGAAGUCCUGGAGAGGAAGAUGCAUCUUGGGUUGACAUAUACAACCGACUUUAUCGAGAAAGAUUACUUUUUUUAGGUCAAGAGGUUGAUAGCGAGAUCUCGAAUCAACUUAUUGGUCUUAUGAUAUAUCUCAGUAUCGAGGAUGAUACCAAAGAUCUGUAUUUGUUUAUAAACUCUCCUGGCGGAUGGGUAAUACCGGGGGUGGCUCUUUAUGAUACUAUGCAAUUUGUGCAACCAGAUGUACAUACAAUAUGCAUGGGAUCAGCCGCUUCAAUGGGAUCUUUUAUCCUGGUCGGAGGAGAAAUUACCAAACGUCUAGCAUUCCCUCACGCCAAUGAGGCUUGGGUAAUGAUCCAUCAACCUGCUGGUUCUUUUUCUGAAGUAGCAACGGGAGAAUUCAUCCUGGAAGUGGGAGAACUGCUGAAACUACGUGAAACCCUGACAAGGGUUUAUGUACAAAGAACGGGCAAACCCCUAUGGGUUGUCUCCGAAGACAUGGAAAGAGAUGUUUUUAUGUCAGCAACAGAGGCCCAAGCUUAUGGAAUUGUUGAUCUUGUAGCGGUUGAAUGACAAUAGCAUAGCCUGGAUUUCGCAUCAAUUAGUGAUUUUAAAUUACCCCUGCC